AAGCGCGGAGCCGCAUGCCUGCCGCGGGAACACGACCCGCGCUUGGAAGCUCGUCGGGAGGGGCAGGCAGCGCGUCAGCUCUCGACCACCGACCCUGCUCCAGACAGGAAGAUGAUAAAAAUGAUGGCUUUUUUCUAUAGCAGUCCUCCGAAUCCAGCCAAAGAAGGCAAGAAUGGAGGUGAGGCAGCCCCCAAGCCUUUGACAUCAUCCGAAUCAGAACCCGACUCCAUGUCCCUGGAAUCAUCAACGGAGGAAGCUCAGCCACGGGACAGCAUGAAAGAGGGGAGCGCCAGAGAGGAACAAGUCCUUGCAGGUUCUCCUCCAGGAGACCGUGGGACAAGCCCCUGCACCCCUGGGCAGAAGAAGCACAAGAAGGGCAUAAAGGGGAAACUAGUCAAGGUCUUUUUUGGAAAGACGCCUGGGAAAAAUGGGUGUCAAGACCAAGAGAAGGAUGAAGAAAGGAAGCAAGUUGAGGAAAUAAACCAGCCCAUUACAGCUGAACAAAUCAGGGAGCUAAUUAAGAAUCAGAAAUUCUUCAAAGCAAGUCAGUAUCUGCUUGUCAUGGAGAAAGUGGCUAAUGGUGACUCAGACAACAAAAACGAAGAGGUAAAGGUGGAAGAUUGGAGUGAAAUUCCAUCUCUGUUUGGACUGUUGAAGCAAAAGCUCCUCAGUGUCCUGCGCUCUUCAGUCGUCAUAGCGUCUUCUCAACCAGAAUUGCUGCAGGAUGCAAUUCGCACGAUGGUGGACCUGGUGGAACAGGAUGAGAGAGUCGGAUCCGAAGAAAAGGCUGUGGAGCAACUCACACCUUCCCAAAUCAGGAACUGGAAGGAGGAGUGGAGGAAUACAGUCCAAGCGUCUGUCGUGGAGCGAAUGAAAGCACCAACUGCCAACAAGGAGGGCCUCUCUGCCACAGCUCAGAGCUUCCUGCACAUGGGGAGCACCAUGAAAGAGGACCUGAUCACGGUGGUGAAAUACAUCAAACCUCAUUACCCGGAACAUUUUCAAGUGUGCUCCACUUACGCCAAAUACUACUAUCACUGCUUCUUUUCUCAGCUGGAGAUGAUUGCUCGGUUUGAACUGGGCAGCAACGACACUUACCUCCUCCUCACCUGGGUGCAGAACUUGUAUCCAAACCAAAUCAGAAACCACCCCAUUUUAGCAAAAGAGUUGGAUGAGAGCAGCCUUGGAAAUCUUUUGUCAUCCAGACAGGUGGAACAGCUUGAAGCCACAUACCGCGCUAACGAAGCAAGCUCUGUGAAACACUGGCUAGGCAAAAUCCUGGAAGUGGAAGUCACAAGGUGGAAAGAAGGGAAGGAACCAGAAAUACUGGAUGGUCACUUUCACAGUGAACUAGCAAUUGAUGCCAUACAGACUAUCUAUGGCGCAUACAAGCGUGCUGAAGAUAUUACGCCAGAACUGGGCAAAGAAAUGUCAGUCCUACUUCUGGAAGAACUGUUGGUCUUUCUGCAAAGUUACAAGAAGAAGAUGGAAAGUUUUAUUAAGGAAAACAAAUUGCAUCAAUAUUAUGGCGCAACAAUAAUUGCAAAUGUUAACAAUUGCUUGAGUUUUCGGACCCAUACAGAAGAAAGCACAGUGUCCACACAGAAGGAAGUCAAAGAGAAAAUUUUUACCACCCUGAAUGAAAUCCAGAACCUUGGGUUUGAAGCACUCCUUCAUGGCCUGUUCCUAGAGCUGCAGCCUCUUUUUAGAAAAUUCACCCAGAAGAAAUGGAUAUCCUGCACUGACAUUAUUGAUGAAAUUAUAGCAGUCACCUGCUUCCAUAGUUCUAUCUUCAGGUUUUUCAAGGACCCACUUCAGGAGGCUAUCAUGGGGAAAGUUCACCUCCAUCUGGUCCGCGAAUAUAUCACAAGGCUUUUGAGGAAGAAAGUCAGCUUGAAGACUCCAGAACUGCAAAACAACUUGUGUGAGCUUGUCCGCAAGGAUGCCUCCAUCUUGCAGAAUUUUUGCACAACGCAUGGCUCCAAAGCCUCAUGGCUGAAUUCUGCUCUUCCAAGCCUGGCUGAAAUUAUCAGGCUGCAAGAUACAGACGCCAUCAUGGUGGAAGUUGGCGUACUUGCGAACAACUAUCCCGAUAUCAGCAAGAAACACCUGCAGGCGCUUCUGUACAUCAAGGGCAACUUAUCCAGUGGUGAUUACAAAACCCUCCCAGGUGUACUGGACCUUGGUGUUCAUACAGGACAGCCACCCACCUCACUGUUUGCAUCGAUCCGGAUGUCAUAGUCUUGUGCCUUGAGCAUCGCUCUUUCCCACUUGCUGCAUUCAAGCGGCCGCUGUUCAUGGGGAUCUGGAGGCGGCAUCACUGGCCCCGCACUGCCAGGCAGUCGUGGAGUCCAAAAGCAAAGCGGGAAGGUUUUGCUUUUCAGUUGGCCCCGUCUGUGCGAAAGUGGCUGGUUCCUUUGGCUGCUACAAGAACAUCAAAGCUGCCAUAAACCCGGGGCAAGGGCCCCGAUCCAGUAUCUUGCGAGGACUCCAACAUUGCUUCUGCUGCCUUAGUUUCCCCACCUAGAGACCAGGAGCAGAGCUCCUCUUGGCUACCUCACUGGGCUGGUUCUGGCAGGAUGCUGAAAAGACAACCCUUUUGUUUCCUGUUGUUUGGUAAAGUGACCAACAGGAAAAGAGUUGGUUGCGUCUUGCCCAUAGUUUCUCAUGGGGUGGGACAAAAGGAAGGCAGGCCCCUGGCUGAUUUGGAGGUGGAAAGACAAAACAUGCAUUUUAUGCAUUUUAUUUUAUGCACUUCAAAUGUGCAGAAAAUUCCCAGCAGAAACUUGGAGGAGCUGCUCCUCUUGGUGGGAAGCCCUUCUGGACCCUAAUUCUGGGGUUGGCAUUUGAUUCUUAUCAUCCUAAGCCUGAUUGGAGUUGUCGGCCACAUUGGCAAAAGCUGCUCCGGAUCAAUGGCUAUAUGAAAACCGAGUGUAGAUUGCUUUUAAGAUUGGCAGUUUAACUCUGCCUAUAUGUUAUAUAAAAUAUAUAGGCAGUUUUAACUCUACCACUUAUUACUGUCCAAUAUGAUAAAUAUGAGAUGUGAUACAGUGCAGUUGAUAGAGAGCUGAAGGGCUUUGGUUCAGAUCUGUGCUCACUUAUCCAUAGCCCAACCUACCUCACAGGGCUGUUGUGAGGAAAUCUCAUGUGCACUGCUUUGAGCUCUUGGAGGAAGAGCAGAAUACAAAUAUUAAUACAAAUAUUAAUAAUAGUAUUAUUAAUGUGGAACAAAUGUACUUGUGAAUAUUCUGUACAUAUACAGUGCUUUAAUUUUGGCUUUUCAGUUGUCAUGCAGUGAUAUGCAGUGUUUUUCCCACUGGGACACAUUUCUAUAAAACAUGUAUGUUUUCAUAAUUGUGGUAUAGGAGUUGAUUUAUUGCUACCUGCUAUUGCCUUCAUCCAGCUCCCACCUGCCUCCACUCAAGGAACAUGGUUUGAACACAAAAAGUGGCCUUUAUUUGUCCCAAAUAGGCCACACGGCAAUGCUGCCAUUUUCGUAGUUGUUCCAGAUUCUGGAAGCAGGGCUGUAGAAAGAAACAGGGUGCAGCUCUUAUAGGAUGCUCAUAAGCCCCCAAAUUCAGAGGGUUCUUUUCAUCCUAUGCAAGAUUUGUGGGGGGGGGGGGUUUGAAGUGACCUUUGCUGCCCUGAAUUUUUGCUAGUUGGGCUGUUCUGCACAUCUCACUGGGGCAUUUCGGAGAGGGAGGGAGGGAGAGUAUCCAGCUGCCUCCACUUUGAGGUUGCUUUUGGGACCUUGGAGAGCAGUGGACACAAUACUUUCUUCACAGGAUUAGGGGGCAGAGUUCCAAUUCCAGCUCUGAGUUUGGAGUGUUGACUCCAACCUCAGAGAGGAGAAUCCAGAAUAUCCAAUGGCCCUUCUGAUGCUGUCUAAACACGACAGGAUGGUUCUCUUAGGAAGUCUGAAUGUAGAUGCACCUUUCUUCUCUUCAAGACUGACCCUACUAUUAGGAAAAGUGAGACAGGAAAUUUGCCCAUUUUCAGCAGCCACAAGAGUUGUCUUUCUGAGACUUCUGCAGGCACUUUUUAAAGAAAUCUUAACCCACAAUGAAGGCCUCAAUGUAUGGUACAGGACCAAAAUACAGUAGGCUCCUUCUAGGGAUAAAGCUUUUUUCCCCCUCUAUCAUUGCAAUUCUGACUUUUUCUUUCCAUUGAGCAAAUUUGGAAUGUCAGAAAAAAGACCUUGAUUUUUCUGAAUGGGGUGCUCAAACGUUUUGCACAAGUACGCCAAGUCAUAUCAUUCUAAUUCUAUUUAAUACAUCAGAGGUGAGGAAGGGGGUCAGACUGAUUCCCAGUUUUGAGGCUGGAGGACUGUCUUCAGGCUCAGAGCUGGGCAGCUGAAGGACCCUAGGGUCCCUCAGACGGUGUUGAGGGGGCCACAGGUUUGCUCCCAUAAUUCAUCUGCACCACGCACUAGCUGAUGGAUUUCAGAGUUCUAAUGAACACAAGUUAAUCCUGAAGACUCCCUAGUCUGGAUGCAACUAAACUGGAGGGAGUUUGGACUUUCAGGCUGAAAACCUUCCCAGCCCUACCCGGAGAGAGUGGCAAUUAAACCUGAGACCUUAUGCUUACCUGCUCCGCAACAGAGCUUUAACCCUUUCCAGAGUUUUCAGGAACAUCGUGAUAGGUCAGAAAAAGUCACUGAAGCGUUUAUUACCACCCCCAUCACAGGCAAAGCAAACAACCAAAAGCAUGCAAAACGUCAUGCCAAAAUAUUUCUCCCAGUCUUUUAAAGGGCUCUUCAUUCUGUCUAUCUGUAAGAAGUUCUGCCUCUCUUCUUGAUGGCUGUGCUGAAGCAAGUACUGUCUCAGUCUUUGUAAUAGUUCAUCACAUAAUUCAUAAUAGUAAACAAGGUCUUGACAUGUGAGAAGCAUAUUCUUUCGGGGUUUCGUACAUUUCACUUUAUGUAAUAUGGCUGUUUAAGCCCUUUUUUAAAGGAUGGAAAUGUCAAGGAUAAAAUAUUUUUUGUACUGUACCUGACACAAGUGGUUGAACUCCGGGUACUAUUGCAACCGGUUAAAUAAACAUUUUUACUGUAA